GGAGAGAUUAGAGAAAAAAGAUGGAAACCACAUGCUCUGAUCCUCACCGGUCAAAUGAAGCUAUAGGUCAUGUGCUUCUUGUUUCACACCCAGCUCAAGGACAUGUUAAGCCAUUUAUGAAACUAGCUUAUCGCCUUGCUGAUUGUCGAGUCAAGGUUACAUUUGUGACUACAGAGUUCAUAUAUGCAAGAAUAAUGAAGUCCAUGAAACCAACAUUUGUUGCAGGCAUGGGCGCAUUGCUAGAGAUGGGUGAAGAGCAGCAGCUAGUGAGAAUAGUCCCUUUUGCUGAUGGGCUAGAACCGGAUGAUGACCGAAGAGACGAGGCUAAGUUGAAUCAGAGUAUCUAUAAAGUCAUGCCUGGUUAUCUGGAGGACUUGAUAAAGAAGGUCAAUCAACAGGAGGGCAAUGAGAAGGUCGCUUGUGUCGUUGCUGAUGUAACUUGCGGAUGGGCUCUGGAGAUUGCCGCGAAGUUGGGACUAAAGGGAGCAGUUUUCUUUACAGCAUCACCCGGAAUCCUGCCCAUGACACUUCAACUUCCGAAACUUUUGGAAUCUGGCAUUAUCAACACUGAUGGUACUCCAAGAAGGGAUGAGAAGGUUGAGCUGUCACCAAAUUUACCUCCUUUGAGCCCUGCCGAACUCUUCUGGCUUUGUCCCGGAAACCCGUCUUUACAAAAGGGGAUUUUUGCAUUUGUACCUGCUAUUUACCAAAUCUUGACAUCUUGCAACUUCUUGCUGUGCAACUGGUUUCAUGAGCUUGAACCCUCAGUCACUGAUUUACUCCCAAAUAUUUCAACAGUCGGUCCCAUUCUGGCGAACGGGCGACCUAGCGGAAACUUUUGGUCAGAGGACUUAACUUGCUUAAGCUGGUUAGACAGACAACCUCCUAAAUCAGUCAUUUAUGCAGCCUUCGGAAGCUCAUCGAUGUUCAGCAAGCAGCAGCUCAGCGAACUAGCGCUAGGCCUUGAACUUAUCGGUAGACCGUUUUUGUGGGUUGCCAGGCAAGACCUUACCAAUGGCAACUCUGCCGAGUACCCAGAAGGGUUUCCAGAGAGAGUAACGAAUCUCGGAAAGAUUGUUGAAUGGGCGCCGCAAGAAAAGGUAUUGGCUCAUCCUGCGGUAGCCUGUUACUUGACGCAUUGCGGAUGGAACUCGACAAUGGAAGGACUAAGCAUGGGGGUACCCUUGUUAUGUUGGCCUUAUUUUGGUGAUCAGUUUUACAACAAAACUUGCAUAUGUGAAGGUUGGAAAAUUGGUUUAUGGUUAAAGGGUGAUGAAAACGGGAUUGUGAGUAGGCAUGAGAUGAAGAGGAAGGUGGAUGAAUUGCUUUCCAGUGUUGUUAUUAGAGAAAAUGUGUUGAAAAUGAAGGAAUUGGCUGAAAAGAGUGGCAAACCAGGAGGAUCUUCUUCAAAAAGUUUGGAAGAGUUUAUCAAACAGAUUGUGUAAGGGAAGAAGGUGAAUUUUGGCAUCGAUGUUAGAUCUUUAAGCUUUAAUAAG